AUGGAGACUGCAGCGGCGAUUAAAGAGAACCGGGAGAGAGAGCAACUAAGAAGAAUUUUCAACCGAACAGCGACGAAACUAGAAGCUGAUAUCAAAGUCAAAAAUUUCUCGCAAGUGUUGAUCGACAUUGAAUUUCUUAAGAGUAAGGUUGAACGAUUAGAAGCUUUAGAUAAAAUGAUACAAGACCUCAUGUUAGAAAGCGACAGUUAUGAUGAAGAAUCCUUCAGCAUUGAAAUUGAUACAGCGGACACGUAUAAAUACAGAUGGCACACAAUUAACAAUCAGAUAAAGACAGGUAUGUCGUCAAAAAUUCCUCCUGAUAAGAUUGAAGAUGUAAAGCGAGCCAGGAAUUACAAUUUACCUAAGUAUGAGCUAAAGAAAUUUGAUGAUAACCUGAAGAACUGGUUAGCUUAUUGGGGCCAAUUUAAGAAAAUUGACGAAGAUCACUCAUUGUCUGGAGAGGAUAAGUAUCAGUACCUCCUUCAAUCAUUAAAGGAAGAUAGUAACGCUCGAGUAUUGGUGGAAAGUUUCCCUCCGUCUGCUGAAAAUUAUACAAAGGCUAUUGAACAACUCAAGGCAAGAUUUGGACGGGAGGAUCUUCUUAUACAGGUUUAUGUUAGGGAAUUAUUAAGUUUAGUUUUAAACAAUAAUAAAAAACAAGUAUCUAUUAGACUAUUAUAUGACAAAAUUUCAACAUAUUUGAUGUCUUUAGAAACGUUAGGCAUUGUUAAACAGAAAUAUGAAAUAAUUUUGUAUACCCUUGUAGAAUCAGCAAUUCCCGAAACAAUUCUUAUUGCUUGGAAUAGAUGUAAUACUGAUCCAUCUCUUGGUAACCAAUUGAAAAAUUUAUUAAAUUUUCUUAAAAACGAAGUAGAAACAGAAGAGCGAAUUAAUUUAGCGAGGUCUGAUUUUAAUUGUAUUGGUACUUAUCACACUCUCCACAGGGAACAAAUAAGCAGCUUACCAACAGCAGCAUCGUUAGUAUCAAAUAUAAAACCAAAGGAGUCAGGUAAAGUAGUCAAUGUUAUUUGCUGUUUUUGUGACAAAAGCAAUCAUAGUUCUUUUGAAUGUAGUAGAGCUAAUAAGAUGUCCCUAGAGGAUAAAAAGGAGGCAAUAAAAAAGAAAGGCUGCUGCUAUAUAUGUCUUAAAAAAGGUCACAUGGCUAAUAAAUGUAAAAGUUUUGUUAGAUGUUUAUCAUGUGAAAAAAGACACUAUGUGAUUUUAUGUCCGGAAAUUCAUAAGAAAGAAAAGAGUGGAACAUUGGAAAAUGUUUCGUUAUGUGCCAGAACUAAUAUGACAACUUUGUUACAAACACUCAUUGUCAAUAUCACCUAUCAAAGAAAAAUCAAGAAGGUGAGAGUUUUGUUAGACAGUGGUUCUCACAGGUCGUAUGUAAAAGCCAAAGUUGUUGAAGAAUUAGGAUUGCAUGAUACUGGCAUAGAAAUAAUAGGUCACACAUUAUUUGGGGGUGUGGAUCAGCCUGCCAAGGUAUAUAAAUGCUUUGAUAUUUUGGUAAGUAGCUUAGACAAUAAGUUUUCUGUUAGAAUCAAUGCACUACAGCAGUCUGAUUUAUGUGGGCACCUGCCAAAAAUUAAUAAUGAAAAAAUAUUAGAGAAGUUACGGGACUUGAAUAUUGUGAUCAGUGAUUUUGAUUAUACAGAUACUGAGAUAAGUCUCUUGAUUGGGUCGGAUUACUUAGGAUCCAUCAUACAUAAUGAAACGGUUAGUUUAGGUAACAACCUGAUGGCUGUUAAUACCAAGUUAGGAUGGACAUUACAGGGACCAAUAAAAGUUCAAAGUACAGUCAAUACAUCAAGCACUACAUGCUUUUCAAAAACAAAUCUUUCUGAUUUGUGGAGUAUUGAGUUAUUAGGAAUUCGAGACCCUUAUGAAAAUAAGUCUAAAAAGGAUACUGAAGUCGAGAUUUUGAAAACUUUCAAUGAUAACAUUUCAGUAAAUGCACAAGGACGUUAUGAAGUCUCAUUGUUAUGGAAAGAGGGGUGUGCAGGACUCAAGACAAAUUAUGAAGUUGCAUUUAAACGAUUGGAAUCAACCACAAAAAAGUUAAAAUCAACUGGUAACCUAAAAAUGUAUGAUCAAGUUCUUCAAGACUGGAAGAAAAAUGAUAUCAUUGAGAGGGUUAUAAAUGAUACAAAUACAGGCCACUAUUUGCCACAUCAUAGUGUUAUUAAAUUAUCUAGUAUGACAACACGUGUACGUCCAGUAUUUGAUGCUUCUACAAAGGACAACAAUGGAUGGACUCUUAACGGUUGUUUAGAUAAAGGUAUUAAUAUGAUUGAAUUGUUACCAAAAUUAUUAAUACAAUUUAGAAAAGGUGCUUAUGGAGUUAUAUCUGAUAUAAAACAAGCAUUUUUACAGAUAUCUAUUGCAGAAAAAGAUCGAGAUUACUUGAAAUUUCUCUGGUGGGAAAAUAUAGAAACUUGUAAUGAAUUAGUUGCAUAUCGACACAAAGGAGUGGUUUUUGGAAUUACGUGUAGUCCAUUUUUGUUGAGUGCCACAAUAAUGUAUCAUUUGAGUAAGUAUUCAGAAAAGUACAGGAAAACUGUUAACAAAUUGAAAAAAUCUUUUUAUGUAGACAAUUGUGUUGCAAGUUUUGAUAAUGUAGAUGAAAUGAAUAUAUUUAUAUCGGAAUCUAAGGAAAUAAUGGCAAAAGGUAUGUUUGAUCUGCGUGGAUGGGUAACAGCACCUCACAGAAUAGAUAGCAUUGUUGAAGUUCCUGUGCUUGGGAUGACAUGGAAUACAAUUCUAGACAAUUUAAGAUGUAAUGUCAACAUAAGUGAAGCAAGAUCGGAGAAAAUAACGAAAAGGUAUGUGAUUGCUGUGGCACAACAUAUAUUCGAUCCACUGGGACUUGUUUGCCCAGCAACUUUAAUACCCAAACUUAUUAUGCAGAAAAUUUGGGAACAUAACAUAGAUUGGGAUCAUGAAAUACCCGAAGAGUUAGCCCAAGAGUUCAAAAUCUGGUUAAGUAAAGCACAUUUCAUCAAUCAAUGUCUGUUCCCUAGACAUAUCUCAAUCGCACCUUUAGAAAAAUGUCAGACAAGUCUUCAUAUAUUUUGUGAUGCCAGCCUAACAUCUUUUGCUGCAUGUUUGUUUUUAAGAACAAAAUUAAACGAACAGGUAAAAGUCCAAUUAGUUUUAGCAAAAAAUCGGGUAACCCCAGCUAAAAGAAAAAUGUCUUUACCAAGACUAGAACUUAUGGGGGCGCUCAUUGCAACUCGACUAUACAAAGAGGUUUUAGAGUCAAGAUUGCUAACAAAAUGUAAGGAAUACAAGGUUUAUUUUUGGACAGACUCUGCUGUGGUGCUAUCAUGGCUAAAAAGACAAGCACAUUGGAAACCAUUUGUUUCCAAUAGAGUGAAAGAAAUAUGCUCAACAACCAAUCGUGACGAUUGGUACCAUCUACCUGGUGAGUACAAUCCAUCAGAUCUUCCAUCACGAGGUUGUGACGCAAAGAAGCUUAUGGAAAGUAGAUGGUGGGAAGGCCCAGCAUGGUUGAAGCUUAAUGAGAAGGAUUGGCCAAAAUCAAACAUUAUAAAUGUCAAUGAAGAGAUUGUAGAAGCAGAAGUAACCAAAAACGCCAAGAUUAAUACAAAUGUCACAAUAGAACCAUUCGGUCAAAAAUUGACAUAUUUUUCAAAAUAUAACCGCAUAGUUAGACUUGUGGCAUGGAUAUUACGUAUGAAUUGUAAAAUAAAAAUAAAGUUUGACAUAAAGGAGUCAGACAUAACAAAUGAUGAAUAUAUCAAUGCAGAAAAGACACUAAUUAAAUUAUUACAGAAAGAGAAUUUUACAGAAGGGUUUUCGUUACAUAAUAUAAAUACAGAAAUAGAUGCUGAUGGGGUGAUAAGAGUAAAAACACGUUUAGAUUUGAGUAAAGAAGACAAGAAUUUUGUAAGGCCAAUACUUCUACCAGGAAAAAACGAAAUCGUACAGCGGUUAGUGCGACAGAGACAUGAAAAGUUAAAUCAUGGAGGAACUCAGCUCUUACUAUCCAACCUCAGAAACAAUUUAUGGAUUUUAAACCUAAGACGUCUUGUUAAAAGCGUUGUUUCUAUAUGUGUUAUAUGUAAGAGAUACAAGACAAAACAUUACGAGGUUCCUGAAGCACCAUUGCCAUCAAACAGAGUUGAGGCAAAUGCAGCAUUCCAGAUAACUGGUAUAGAUUUAGCGGGACCUCUACAUCUCCGUGACCAAAGCAAAUGUUGGAUAGUAUUAUUUACUUGUGCUACAUAUAGAGCAGUUCACCUAGAGCUUGUGGAAUCUUUAUCCACAAAUAGUUUCUUGAUGGCCUUACGUCGUUUCAUAGCUCGAAGGGGCCGCAUAAACAUUAUAUAUACUGAUUGUGGUACGAAUUUUCAAGGUUCAGCCAAUUUAUUAAAAGAGGUUGAUUGGGCAAAAGUCGAAGCAGCAACUAGCAUAGUUCCACCAGCUAUCAAGUGGCGUUUUGUACCUCCACGUGCGCCCUGGUGGGGAGGAUGGUGGGAGCGCCUUAUAAAGGUAGUAAAGGAAAUGUUAAGAAGAAUCUUGGGAAAACAAUCCUUAACUUUGAUUGAAUUAUCAACAAUAAUUUGUGACUGCGAAGCAAUCAUUAACAGCCGACCAUUGACAUACGUAGCAACAGCUGAUGACUCUCUUAAACCACUUACUCCAAUGAUGUUUCUACAUCCCUUAGAUAAUAGUGAGAUGCCUGAUUUAGAUCUGAUUGAUGCAAAAAACAUAAAUCUAAACAAAUUACGUGCAGAUUUUCGACAACGUUUUAGAAACGAAUAUAUUGCUUUAAUUUGUAGUAAAGAUAGAUGUAAACAAAAUUUGCCGAAAUUAAACGAUAUUGUUCUUAUUGAAACUGACACUAGUCGGCUAUAUUGGCCAUUAGGUAUUAUAAAGGAGUUAAUUAUAGGUGCUGAUGGUAAUUGUAGAGUUGCAAAAGUACAAACAGCUACCGGUGAAUUGGUUAGAGCUGUACAAAGUCUUUACCCACUGGAAUUAACAACAGUUACAAACGAAUGGCACAGGGCCAGUCCAUCUACUAAUAGAAAUAAGACAGAGACUAACCCUAACAUUAAGGAUUAUAGUUCCCAGGCGACUUUGGAUUCGGACAUAAUAUCAUCUGAUUUACCUCGAACAUCUUCUAUUAGUACUAGACAUGGUAGAGUAAUUAAUGUUCCAAGAAGAUUCUUAGAUUAA